AUGGGUACCUGGAUUUUGUUUGCCUGCCCUCCUGGGAGCAGCUUUUGCUAUGCCCGUGACUACCACCCUCAUCCUGGGAGCCCUGGUUACAUCAACUUAAGCUAUGAGGUGCUUACCCCUUUGAAGUGGUACCAGAGCAUGAUAAGGCAGCCGCCCCUGUCCCCCAUUCUUCCUGAGCUGCCUCUGGAAGCUUGGCCAGCGACAGACAAGACCAAGCGGGAAGAAGUGGCAUUUUCUCCUAUGAAGUGGUACCAGGGCAUGCCAAGGCAUCCGCUUAACAUGGAAAGCACAACAGAAAAAUGAUUCCAACCACUCUCCUACCCUUGCAGAACAUAAUGGCAUGUAGUAGUAUUCAAUAUUGCCUUAAUAAAAUUCU